AUGGACUCCCAGCAUAUCUCCACAGUUAUCGCCGCGUUAGUCAAAAAGGGCACCCUGGCCCCCGACGCUAUUCUCGACACACUUAGCCAAAGAAUCAAUGACUUCGGUAUCCUAAGGGGCGAGGAAUUACCACAUCUUCGCAAGAAUUUCAAUUCUCUCUGCACAAACGACAAUGGAACUGAAAUCAUCACCCAGUCCGCCUUCAUCUCAUUACUUCAGACCGCCGGAGUCCUGCCAUCAUCCAUGGCACAAGCAGGUGCUCUAAUUUACAACAGCCUUCUAUACCUCUCUCAAGCGCCAUUCUAUGACUCCCUGCCCUUGCCUACACACUUGACAUUCGGUGGCCUCCUCAGAGCACUUGUCUGGACCGACUCCGAACGCUCCAGACCUGUCUAUGAAGAAAGCAUUGAUACUCGAACCAGAGCACCAGCUGAUACCCGUCGCCUUAUCUUCCAAAGUCUCGCGACAACUCGUGACGGCAGGAAACUGCCCUUUGAUGCGGAAUUCGCGAGGGUGCAGGCUGAGCGCAGGGCGUUUGAUUUCAGUAGUGUAUUGAAUGGGGACAGUUGGAAGGUAUAUGCCAAAACAAAUUAUGACGAGGAUGGUGAUGAGAUGUUCCAUGAUUUGCUUGAUGUCUUAUAUGUCGUUUCCCAACCCCCACAGGUAGGGCGGGGUGGCGUUCCGCGAGAUGGGUUCCGGGAGUUUGCUAAGGAAUUUCGUGGAGAGCAGCCGGAGCGUCUUCACAAUUUGAGUAUCCCGCAGGAUGAAUUUCAGACUUUGGUGAAGAUGCUUUUGGUUACACAGUUUGGGAAACCAGUUGCUCAGAUUGAGCAAGAUGCCGAUCUGGAUCGUGUUGCAGAUUGCAUUGUUAGAGUGUUUGCUCAGGUUCCGGGUAUGGGUAUUACCUGGGAGAUGUUUGAUCAGGCCAUCAAUAAGACGCCGGAGUUAUUCAGAGGCUAUCACCGCCUCCUAUCCUCUCUUUACAAGACGUAUGACGAGAACGACACCAAGACCCCUCUAACGCCACCUAAGCUAGGCAGCAUAGCCACACUGCCUGUUUUGUCUCAACUGGGAAUGAUUCUCAUUGAGACGCUGAGCUUUCCCAACCUUCAGCUACACAAGCACUAUGAUCUUGAUGAGAAUAUGUUGACAACAAACGUUGCUGCUCUUGCAGAACAAAUUACCACAAUCCCAGCUGAAGAAGCUGUCAUCAUCCUCCUUAUUUCUGGUCGCCUUACACACACGAACGAAAAGGUGGUUUUCGGAUAUCACCUCCCAUGGUAUGAUUCCUCUGAUAAAAAGGGAAGGAAUUACUGUCUCCUGUUCCAACUAAGCCCCGUCCACGAUAUGUUCAGAGGUUAUAAUGCCGAGCGGCCGGGGUUUAAGAUCGACGACAACGGGAGCCUUAUUUUCGGAGAGAAAGGGAAUGGAGUGGCUUUGGUGUUGGAGAGGGAGCUUAAGCGGAUGACAAUCUCUCACAAUGCCUCUUCUGGGAAUGAGAUUUAUGGUGCGACGUCUUGGAGGGGAGAUUGGGAGAUGGAUGUACAGGUGGGGGAGAUUGAGAUGUGGCUUGAGGUGUGA